AAGCUGAAUGAUAGAUGGCAGCAACAAAACAAAUAUGGUCUAUAAAUCUUUGGCCCAUAUGGGUUUUUUGUUAACCUUUUUCGCCAUUUCUGUGUUCCAAGUGCCCCUAGUGUUGAGUGAAGCUCAUUGUUCAACGAAGCUUUGACUACACUCCCUCUGUUCCCCAUUGCACUCUACUUUUUGACAUUUCUGUUCCAAGCUUGGAUUGUGAUGGAUGUGAGCGGAAAUAAAGGUAUUCGAAGAGGUUCGUCUCAGAAGGAGAGUGGAAAUGGAGGUGAAGUUGUGGUUCAGCUUAGCGGCGUUGAAAAUGAGUGCUCUGUUCCGAAGCAAAACAGAGCCGAUUCACAAACCAAAGAGCCGACCGGUUCAAGCGUUGGCUAUGACAACGCUUCACCACUCGCUCCCACUCCGAAUAAGCCACCGAAAAUCCCAAUUUCAAAUGGAACCCUCACGCCCAGAAGGUCUCUGAGAAGAUCAACUCUUUCCAAACCCAAAUCCAGAUUUGGGGAACAGUCAUGUUUUAUCGAUUCAGACAUGCUUGAGGAGGAGAAUCAUGUGUCGUUGAGAGAACAAAUCGGUGCAACUUCAUCCAGAAGCUCAAAUCUCAACACGCCGAAGGCCCAACCUGAGGGAGAGGAUGAUGGGAAUAUGGGGUCGAAUGCAAAGCACAAGAAAGUGAAGGUGAAGACAGUGAUUAAGUGGAUUGGAGUUUUUUGCAUAAUUAGUUGCUUGGUGGCUAGCUUGACUGUCAACCCUUUGAAGAAUCGCUUCCUUUGGGGUUUGAAGGUUUGGAAAUGGUGUUUACUUGCUACUGUGAUUUUGUGUGGAUUGAUAUUUACUCGUUGGGUUAUGAAUGUGGUUGUCUUUUUGAUAGAGAGGAACUUUUUGCUUAAGAAAAAAGUACUUUAUUUUGUUCAUGGGUUGAAGAAGAGUGUCCAAGUUACCCUUUGGUUGUCAUUGGUUCUUGCUACAUGGGGGUCCUUGUUUGAUCGAAGAAACCAUAUGAUUUCUAGUUCGAGGAUCACUGCUAAGAUUUUGGAUGCUGUUACAUGGACUUUGGCAAGCUUUCUUAUAGGGGCAUUCUUGUGGUUGAUUAAAACAUUGUUGCUGAAAAUACUGGCCUCCAAGUUCCAUAUGAACCGAUUUUUCGACAGAAUUCAGGAAUCUCUUUUCCUUCAUCACGUUCUACAAACCCUCUUGAGGCCUCCUCUAGUGGAGGAUGAAAGUACUGCCAAGUUCAGGUGUUGUCGAUUUUGUUUUGAGAGUAAAAAACCAGACCGUAAAAAGGUGAUUGACAUGGGAAAGAUUCACGAGCUGAAGCGAGAAAAGGUUUCAGCUUGGACAAUGAAGGUACUGGUUGAUGCAGUUACUAGUUCAGAGAUGUCGGUCUCACAAAUACUUGACGAUGAAAGCUACAGAGAUGUCGCCGAUGGUGAUAUCACAAAUGAGAUGAAAGUUGCCAAAGAAGCCGCGAAAGAGAUCUUCAAAAAUGUUGCUCUUCCUGGAAACAAGUUCAUAGAGGAAAGGGAUCUUCUGGAAUUCAUGAUUCCAGAAGAAGUUAACCUUGUGUGGCCACACUUUGAGGUAGAUAAGACAAGGAAGAUUGACAUGAAAGCUCUAACAAAUUGGGUGGUGAAGGUUUAUCAAGGGAGGAAAACUCUAGCACAUGCUUUGAAAGACACUAAAACAGCAGUGAAGCAAUUGAACAAUUUAAUAACAGCGCUUAUUAUAGUAGUAACAGCUGUUAUUUGGCUUCUGUUGAUGGAAAUUGCUACAACCAAAGUACUCGUCUUCCUUCUAACUCAGCUUGCAGUGGCAGCUUUCAUGUUUGGAAACACUUGCAAGACUGCAUUUGAAGCUCUAAUCUUUGUGUUUGUGAUGCAUCCAUUUGAUGUCGGGGACAGAUGUGUUGUCGAUGGUGUCCAGCUGUUGGUUGAAGAAAUGAAUAUCUUGACAACAGUCUUCUUGAAGCUCAACAAUGAGAAGGUGUAUUAUCCCAACUCAGUUUUGGCAACAAAGCCCAUCACUAACUACUACAGAAGUCCAGACAUGGGUGACACCGUCGAAUUCUCAAUCGGUUUUGAAACACCAGUGGAGAGGAUUGGGGCCAUGAAAGAACAAAUAAAGAGGUAUUUGGAGGAGAAUCCACAACACUGGUAUCCAAAUCAUAAUGUGGUGGUGAAGGAGAUCGAAAACGUAAAUAAGAUCAAGAUUGCUCUUUAUACAAAUCACACCAUGAAUUUUCAAGACUGGGCUGAGAAGAACCGACGAAGAACCAAGCUCGUGAUGGAGUUGAAGAGAAUAUUUGAAGAACUGAAGAUCAACUACAAUCUUCUGCCUCAAACAGUUCAUCUCUUCCCAGUUGAGGGGCACUGAAAGUCUACACAAAAUCUUAAGCUUAUGCUUCUGGAUACUUUAACAAAGACAUGGUUAGCUUUUUUAGCUGCUUGGUUAACUUAAUUAGAGACACUAAGUAACAUUUAGUAGAAAGAAUCCUAUAUGAGUAUUAGUUUAGGCAAACUAGUUACUCACGGUGAUUAAUGGGGAAAACAUGAAUUUAUGAUUGACAUUAGAAUUGGAAGAUAUAGGUUGUAGAAGUGUAUUAGUAGGUUAAGGUACUAACCUUAUUUAGCUAUGUAAUAUUAUUUAGGAUUGGUGAUGAAUAGUAUUUAGCCAUUUAAUAUAUAAUUUUACUAUAUAGAGUCUC